AUAUUGAAUUCAUCGUAUCAGCGUACCCACGAAACAAACAUGCCUGACGUCAAACGAACCGUCAAGCUCAUUACUGAGCAGCAUACAAUAGAUAAGCCCUCGGAAAUGGAGGGCUUCCCCAUGCGCCAAUGGAGUAUCCAGAUCUUCCUCCUCAACGAGCAUGGCGAGGAGAUACCUGCCAAUCUCUUUGAAAAGGCCACAUACAAUCUGCAUCCGUCGUUCGGAAAGCGCGCCACUCAAACAUUUAAGAUCCCGCCAUUUACCAUCACAGAGGAGGGAUGGGGUGAAUUCGAUUUGGGAAUCAACCUUACAGUUGCGGAACGCGGAGGAGAAUAUCCCAUCACUCAUGACCUUAACUUCCAAAGCGAGCGAUAUGAGUCUAAACAUGUCAUCACCUUCAAGAACCCGAAGCCAAACCUGCUUGCUCUCCUGAAAGAGUCAGGGCCAGUACCAGGAGACGAGAACGGAUUCAAGCCAAAAAGAAGCGCUAAGCAUGACGAGGACACGACUAAGAAGAAGAGGAAGUCGGAGAAAAGCAUCGAUAUGGAGAAGCUUGCAGAGGGCCUGCAGAAGCUCGGAGAAGACGACCUGCUGCAGGUCGUUCAAAUGGUCCACGACAACAAGACCGCCGAUACUUACACAAAGAAUGAUAUCGAACAGGGUGAAUUCCAUGUCGACUUAUAUACCCUGCCAGACAGCCUCAUCAAGAUGCUCUGGGAUUUCACCGUCCAGAGGGUCGAUGUGUAAUGGGCACAUCGCAUAUUUAACGUAUUGGGAUUCUGAUGCGCUCAUUCAACACUGGGGAGAAAAGUUCCGGAGAAGCUCACUAUUCAUUUACACUUGGCCUUGACGGAUCUCGUACCACAUGGAGGGAAUUGCUCGCCCUCUUUAUUCUGGCGUUUUUCUCUUUCCUUAAACAUCUUGAUGGUUGUCUUAACGGCGCAAGAAACAUUUAUCGUUGGUUUCAUGGACCUUUUUUUUUACCUUUGUUCUCCAUGUCUCUCCUACACGUCAGCAUUCCAGAUUCACGCCGCCCGUGGGCCGUUACUUCUCUCAACCACAUUCAAAUGAAUCUCCUUGGCUAGGUAUGUACUGAAGUGGGAGUGUGCCGGGCGGGCCGCAACUCACUACUUUCUUAGUUGGGCGUUGGGGGGAAAAGUCAAAAUACCAUAGCUGGAUGUUAGGUAAUUUAAAUCUGAUGUCUUGGAACGGUUG